GUCGAAUGCGACUUUUCACAUUUCAAUUCGGUUCUGACUGUAUUAUCUCGAAAAGUAAAUAAAACAAACCCACUCUUUUACAACAUUUAAAAAUGACAACGCUCAGGCCUUUUACAUGCAACGAUUUGUUCAAAUUUAAUAACGUAAAUUUGGACCCGCUCACAGAAACUUAUGGACUUUCGUUUUAUAUGCAUUAUCUUGCGCAUUGGCCAGAAUAUAUUCAGGUAGCAGAAUCUCCAAGCGGUGAAAUUAUGGGUUACAUCAUGGGAAAGGCGGAAGGUCAUGGAGAAAAUUGGCACGGUCAUGUAACAGCCCUCACUGUCUCUCCUGAUUACAGAAGACUGGGUCUUGCUGCGAUGCUGAUGAAAUUUCUUGAGGAAGUAUCAGAAAAGAAACAGGCUUAUUUCGUGGAUCUAUUUGUUAGAGUGAGUAAUAAAGUUGCAAUUACCAUGUAUCAACAAUUGGGAUACAUUGUAUAUAGAACAGUAUUAGAGUAUUAUAAUGGGGACCCAGAUGAAGAUGCAUAUGACAUGAGGAAAGCACUGUCGAGAGACGUUAAAAAAAAAUCUAUGAUUCCAUUAACACAUCCUGUGAGACCGGAAGAGGUAGACUGAAAUAUCAAUAGUUUCUGUGUUUAAUGCAGGAUGAAUCUCGAAUUCAACUUCUUGUCUCCCAUGAUGACGCGAAACAGAUCAAGAAAUAAACCAAAAAGUAAAGCAUAUAAAACAUAUUUGUGCAUGUAGAAAUUAUUAUAAAUAUUAAGAAAUAUAUGCUGCUAAGAAUUUU